GUGCCCCUAGCGACCACCAGGCAUCGUGACGGUCGCCAGUCUGUGCCAAUAUGGCGACGUUGGAUCAAUGAAAUUUGAGUUAACGUAGUAAAAUACAAAUUAAAGAUAUAUAGGUGAUAUUUGAAGUGCGUGAUCAGUGUAAAUGGGCCAUGGGCAAGGAUCAGGAGCUGUUGGAAGCAGCUCGUGGUGGAAAUGUGACCGUGGUAGAGAAGAUUUUGGGACAACGAGCAAAGAGGAGUGGUCCGCUAGCAAGUCUACGACGAGGACCUGGAGCGAAUGUUCAGGAUGCGAGCGGUUACUCGGCGCUUCAUCACGCCGCUCUCAACGGACACAGAGAUGUGGUCAAACUUUUACUGCAGUACGAAGCGUCCACGAAUGUCGUCGACGCGAAAGGAUCGUCGCCUUUGCACCUCGCGGCGUGGGCGGGAGACGCGGAAAUCGUCAGGUUGAUACUCUGCCAAGGUCCUUCCGUACCCAACGUUAAUUUGGCGACUAAGGAUAAUGAAACCGCACUCCAUUGCGCGGCACAGUAUGGCCACACGGAAGUUGUGACACAGUUGUUACAGCAUGGCUGUGAUCCAGGGAUCCGUAAUAGUCGUGGAGAAUCGGCGUUGGACCUUGCAGCUCAAUAUGGCAGGUUGGAGACCGUCGAGCUUCUGGUUCGGACUCAUCCGGAGCUGAUAGAGCCGCUGCGCAAUUCUUCGUCCUCGCUUAUAUUUCCUCACACGCCCCUCCACCUUGCGUCAAGAAACGGCCAUAGAGCCGUGGUCGAGGUUCUCCUGGCUUCAGGGGUUGACGUGAACACGAGGACUUCCGCUGGUACCGCGAUGCACGAGGCGGCGUUAUGCGGAAAAAUGGAAGUAGUCCGCACUCUGCUGGACCGUGGUGUCGACUUGGGGAUCAGAGAUUCGAGGCAAAACACCGUCCUUGAUCUCCUGGGACAGUUUCCACCUCAUGUCACGCAGGACAUCACUACGGUUAUAAAAAGGCAUAGGUCAUCUUCGGGUGUGGAGAGCGACGCCGACAGUGAAAAUUUACCACCCAUUCCGGUACAAGGCGGGGGCGGUUCACUCGGAAGCCCUUACGAAAACGUUCGUCCCGGUGAUGAUUUUUCGCCGGCGGAAGGAACAUCCCCGACACAGUGGCGGUUCUAUCACGAACCUCGAGAUGACGAUAGGCGUAUCUCCGGAAUGUCCGUCAUGUCUUUCGAUGGUAAAAUCAACGAUGAUACCGACUACGAUCGAUCUACGUCGAAGAAUCAACAUUGGACGGAGGACUCCGAUCUCAGCUCCGUAUUCGAUAGCGUCAUUAUGUCAAUGUCCGACACUCUGAACUCAAUUAAUACACUAGAGAGUUCCGAACCUACUCCGGAAGACAAACCAUACAACAACACCAACAUCACCAAUAUGAACAACAUCAACAACACAAAUCUAACAACAGACAUUGCACGGGGAUCGGACAACGGUUUAUAUCAGGGUCUUCCGGCACCGCGGGGUUUGAUGGACUCCAGCUUCAUAUCCGAGGAUCUCUCGCUGCAGCUUCCCGGUUACGGUUGCGGUGGCAGGGAGUCGGACCAGUUGAGCGUCUCGUCUUCGUCGAGCAUCGGAGGGCCGAGUCCUCGUGAUCGGCGUUGUUUGCCAGCCGACACAAAUGCGGCGGGAAUUUACCUGCCCAUGGCACCGUUGUCCAGUUCCCUUCACAGCCCCGCAUCUAACAGCAAAGUUUCGCCGACCCCACCGAAAAAACCACCCCGACGAAAUCUCUCCGUGUCUCCGACUCACCUGCAAACUCAGAUGUCACUGUCUGCCGAUUGUUCGUUGGGUCGGAGCAACUACGAAUAUUUAUGUCUGGCGAGGAGCGGGGCGAGGAGUCACGCCGAUCUUGACGAGCUUCAAUCACGACGGGAACAGCUGCGAUACCCCGCGCGCAGCGUAGAUCAGUACGUCGAUAUGAAGUCGAGGUUCGGAGGCGGCGCCGGCGAGAAUCGCGAUCCGGAUUUCGAACCCGUCGCGAUAACCGAGAUGUACAAAAAUCGCCCGAUAAAGGCGCUGAACCCCAGGCGGAAGCUGAGAAGGAACUGCGAACGGGCUUACGAGAACCUCGACGUCGACGGGGCUGCGGAUAAAUCGCCUUGCAGCGAAGGGGGUCUCCUCGUCGACAAUGGUCAGACUUUCGUUUCGAACGCAUUUAUUACCCUGAAGUCGUCGCAGGAGAGUUUGUUGGACGACAAACGCGACGGGUAUUCGUCACAGGGUGAUCCGGAAAGCAGGGGCGCCACCGAUAAAAGACUAAGACGCGUUCAAAUGCUUUUACCAACGAGUCCCACCCACUACGUUCAACCGCCGACACCUGAUCAUCCGCCGCCGACAGCUCUACAAGCGGAAAAGUCCAUACACGAACGGAUACGACCCCUCAGUCAGGUUUACAAGCGUCGUUCGCGGGACAUGGAGACUGAGACGGAGGAGGAUCUUCUGCAGUUUCCCCCGGGUGGUUCACUGGACGCAUCGAGCGGCUCCCUGUCCAGUGUAUCCCUAUCGGACAAGAGCGUCUCCACGGACAACGUUGAGGAAUUCUUCGGCGACGUCCCGUUUGCAGGAUUGCUGAAGGGUUCCGUCACGGCGGAAAGACCUCGGACUCUCUGUCGAUUGCGAAACGUUUAUGCACCUGCCCCGGGAGCGUCGGUUAGCGGGGCGGACGCCGUCGGCGAUCGACUCGAGGAGGGUGAAAAAAUCGUGACCUUCAGGGUGUCGGACCGCGACAGGGAGCGGGACGACAAGUCCCUCAGCAUCAUGAGUCCCUUCGACGAACAGGAGGAAUGGGCGAAGAUCAACGAGAUAAUGGCCUCCUUCGGAACGGGCCUCGUGAGGGAGUCCGUCUUCGUUACCGAACUCGAAAAAGAAUUCCAAACUAGAUUAGGUUACAACUUUAAACUCGGUUGUCCAGGUCUCAGCUCAGACAGUAGCAGCAGUCCCAUAGUAUCCACGUCGGUGGGUCAGUGGUUGUCCAGCCUCGGUCUGGCCGAGUACGAAUCCCUAUUUCUAAACUACGGCCUCGACGAUCUCGAAUUCAUAAACGGCGUACUCGACGAGUCCGAUCUCAAAGAAAUGGGAAUCGCCAGCGAUCAGGAGCGAACGGUGAUAAUGGACGCCGGCGGUCUACUCGCUAAGAGAGUGGAAAAGCGUACCGGAACUUUGGAGCAAUCGGUCGACGAGUGGCUCAAGAGCAUUCACCUGGAGUGCUACGCCGAAACCUUCAGGAAACACCUGUACACGGACAUGGACAGGGUCCGUAGGGUCUGGGAAGUCGAACUCGCCGCGGUACUCGAAAUACAAAAACCCGCCCACCGCAAGAGAAUUUUAACAUCCGUAAGCAGCAUCAAUCCUCGCGGUCCUCCCCAGAACGGUGGCGGACCCAACCUGGAGGAUCUCAACAAGGACCUCAACACUCUGAAGACGAACAUCCAACAACUGAAGGAGGAUAUCCGUGACAAAUUACCCGAACCCGCGACAGCUCAGCAGGGUAAUGGACCACCCCCAGCGUCCGCAGGGACGACGAUCGUUACCGGUACCACGGCCGCUACGAACACCGGGACCUUGAGACACCGUAAAAAUCGCCCGGCACCGCAGCCACCGCAACGUCCGAAUUCUCACAACGGCGCCUUGUCCGUACCGGAACAACUCGAGAUUCGAGCGCCUUCCGAACUUCUUUUCGGCGUUCCGUCGACCCUCAAAACCCAGUGGAGACACGAGCCGAAGGCUCUCGUUACCGGAGCCGUCACUUACGUUGCGAGCUAUUUAGGGUCCACGGUGGUGAAGGAAUUGCGGGGCACCGAGUCCACGAAGAAGUCGAUUCAGACCCUGAAGAAGACUUACAGAGAACCGCGGGCCACUCCCGAUAUCACACUGGCCAUAUCGUAUCGGGGCGUGAGAUUCCUGAACGCGAGGACAAAUGAACCGAUUUGCGAUCACGAAAUACGGAAUAUACACUGCGCUUGUCAGGACGCCGAUGACCUGACACAUUUCGCUUACAUUACCAAAGAUCACGCCAGCAGAAAACAUUUCUGUCACGUAUUUUGCGUCCCUACGAUGGAUCAGGCGACCGAGGUGAUCCUGACGUUGGGACAGGCGUUCGAAGUGGCUUACCAAAUGGCCCUCAGAGAUCCCCUGAGUGCUCAGACCGUCCGCUCUCAGUCUGCCAAUCAGCUGGCAAGUCCUUCGGUUGUUUCGUCCGCGACUACAAUUUGCAGGACAACGACACCGACCAAGACAACCGCGUCUCCCGUGCCAACUACGAAUCCCGUGCCACCCCAAACUCAUCCGAGUAUAGUAAAACCCCUCGCUACCCACGGGAGGUCCCAUUCCGUAAACGACAUUAAAAUAAAUGGCAAUCAAUUGAAACUAGCGCCGAUGCCAGUCGACGACAUAAACAUCGGCGUUAAAGAUAUGAAAGCUGGAUCCAGGGCGCCAAUCGCCUUGUCCGAAGAACUUUAGAACGUCGUCCCAAAUAAAAUUUUGGGAUACUUUCGAAAAGCUUUCUACGUUGGUUGUAUUUUUCAUGUAUUAUUCUUUUUUGUUUUUACGUGAAAUAUUUUUGCAGUUCGCUGGGUUUCUAUUUUUCUCUCUAACGUGUUUUAUAGGUGAAGAAUUUUAGAUUCUCAUGACAAACUUCUCUCGGGCGAGUGCAGACCAAAGACUAUGGUAAGAUUUCACGAUGUUACCGUACGAUAUAUAUAUUUAAACAUUUCAAUUUUAUUAUACGUUGCGAACGCGUUACGUUGGAGAAAAGAAAACGAGGUGAGUAAUACUCGAAUGUAAUGAUUGCAAUCGUUAUUGUUUCAUCAACUCACCACCGUUCAGUGUAAAUACAAUAUUCAUAAAGUAAGAAAAAAAAUAAAUGAAUAAACGAAUAAUGUAAGGGAGUAGCUGGUAGUAGCGGCCGAGUAUUAUACCGAUAGUGAUAACUGGUCGUUUUCUUUUCAUUCUUUCUGUAUUUUUCAUAAAAAAAAAAAACAACGUGAAAAAGAGAAAAACGUUACCACGUGGUGUAAAAAUCAUACUGUAGUUUAGCGACCGAAGGCAGUAGCGUAUAAUACGGUCGACCGUAAAAUCGUCGGGCUUCCUAAGGUUGCAUACGUAUUUAUAUAUGUAAUAUAUAUAUAUAUAUAUGAUAACAAUAUGCCUCCGGGCGUAUGAAUUCCUAUACCCUAUUAUCACCAAGCAAUGCAAGUCGAUGCAGCUAAUGAACGAACGGUAAAAGAAGAAAAAUAAUUAAAAAAAUAAAAAAAACAUUACAAUCCGAUAAUAAAUAAUAAUUUAAUAUCCUACGCACUUCGAAGUGUACACUAUAUAGUAAUAAUAAUAAUAAUAAUAAUAAUAACGAUAGAGUUCGAUCUUAUUUUCCGCCACAUGGCCUAACGGUAUCAAAGAGAAAUGGAAAUAAAAAAAAAAUUACUAUCAAAAACAAGAACAAGAAAUAAGAGACAGAGAAAAAAUUAUAAACAUUUUUUAGUGAUAAUAUAUACUCGAGCAUAAUUACGACUUAUUCUGUAUGAAUUAUGACAGGGAUGAAAAAAAAGAGAAAAAAUUGCAAAAAAAAAUAAAUAAUUAUUUCGCUACAUCUGAUCGAUGAUGACGAUCGUUGAUGUAAAAUCUCUAAUUUAGGUUCACAAACCGAAGUUUCUAUACGCACGUGAAGUAUAGAGUACAUAUAUGUAUAAGAAAACCAAAGAAAUAUUAACGGAGGGGAAGGAAAUAUAAGAAAAAAUUGAUACGUGAGAUCAUAGGACGAUGACGGGCAAGUAUGCAAUGACUGAAAAACGUCUUCGCUAAAAACAAAAAAAAAACAAAAAACAAUACGUUAUCAAAGAACAUUGGGUGAAGAGAAAUAACCUCCGGGUCCUAGCGUUGGAUAACGAAAAAAAAAAAGAACGUUAAUAAAACUGCCAAAUACACCUCCACUUUGUGGCAUAUAGGUAUAACGCACACACUUUGUAUUAUUAAUUAUUACGAUAAUGAUACUAUUUGUUCAAUAAAAUAAUGCGAUAAUUAUUAUUGAAAUAUGUUACGCGAUUGUAUCGAUAUUACGUAUAUUAUAGAAUUAUAAAGAAAAUUCGUAUAAUACCGCACUAAAGACAAAAGCACACACAGACGAGUGUCCGUGCAUUUAUUAUACAUAUAAUAUGUACAUAUGUAUUGAUGAUUAUCGUAGCUUAUCGUAUAGCCCUUGCCGAUGGCACACGCGGUAAAGCGUUGAUUGCAUAAUUAUGGCGUGUAACUUUACAUUUCGGGCCAUGUAAUGGAUUACUAUUGUUACAAUACUCGAUCAACAAAAGCUCGGAUUUCGAUGCGCUCCCGAUUUUCUGCACAGUUGAAGAAAGAAGGAUACAUAAUACGAUAUUAUGUGGUAAUAAUACUGCAGCUAUAUUCAAUGCAAAAAGGCCCUUCUGCUAAACUCCGGAACUUAUUGUAAUACCUUCAUUUUAUGGGUACUCCUGUUUCAAUCUUGGAUUCAUUCUGACAAACGGAAAUCCGCAUCCUAAUGAAAAGGCGCUCGAUCAUAAUAAAUUACAAUGUUCACGGUUGACGUAGAGUUCACCGUGUGAUACAACAGUUUUCUUCGAAUCGAAUCUCUUCGAUUCGAAAAACCGCGUUUUUCCAAAAACUUUCAAUUAUGCGUUCAUCGAUUGAAUAACGCCGGUCCGAAAAAUCCGGUGAUCCGAGUGAACGUGACGAAGUAAUAAAAUUCCUCUAAUAUUAACCGGAGAAAUAAACGAUCACUGCCGUUUAAUCGGAGCUUUAAUAUCCCGACGCGUGAAACGAUAAUUUUUUCGAUCGAUUCCAAUUAGAUGUAAACAAUUGUGUCUGUCUGUGAAAAAUUAUAAUGUCGUUACGUUCGUUGUGCGUGUUCGACAAACGAGCGAAGUUAAUUUCAAGAGAGAAAUGCGUACGGAGACGCGGUACAUUUUUAUUGGAUACUACUGCGAGUAUAAACCAUGGAGUGAAUACACAGUCAUUCUUAUUUCGGUAUAUAUGGCAGCUUAACGGGGUGUGGAUUCUGUGUUAUUGAUUUUAGGCUUUAGGGGUUGAAUUCGUUUCACCCCAACAGUUGUAAGAAAGGCACUUCUCUCUCGACUUAUAUAUGUAUAAAUAUCUAUUCUCUUCGAAUAACUUUCUCUAAUUCAUGUAUAGAUUUAUGAAACACCGUGAUUUCGGAAAAUUACUACAUUAUAAUAAACGUGUGAAAAUUAAGAAAAAAGAUUAAAAAAAAAAACGAAAAAACAAAUGGAAUAAAAAAUACUCGCCGUUGUCACACCUGAAGCAACAACGAGUAAAAAUUUAUAUUGAAAAAAUUAAUUUGAAGUUAAGAACAAAAGAAACAAGAUUGACGAAAAUGCACAAAUAUAAAAUUACGCGUAUUUAUAAUAAUAUAAAUAUUUACUAUAUUACCACAUAUUUAUAAUUUAUUGACGUAUGAAAUGAAUUUUUUGACGAGAAUUUUUGUUGUAUAAAUUUUACAAACCUCUUAUACUCAUGCUAGACAAUUAAUCAAUUAACUACGGUAUAAUGGAUGAGUUCUGAGGAUGAUUGAUGGGUUUUUGCAUUCGCACUUUAUUCUCACGUUUUCCUGAUCCCAUACAACUGUGUUUGAUAAGCACAGACCCGUAGAACAGUGGAUAAAAAUAGCAGAGAACUGAAUCAGCGUGAGUAUUUGAUUUUUUCAUUUUAUUUUCUGUGAGAAAUUUGAUCCGUUCGCGGUUUUAUAAGAUCUAAUUGUACAUAAUGAAUAGAUAUUUAGGUAAAUACUCAACGAGAAAUUAGUGACGCACUGUAAGAUAAUGGUAGAAUGCACGUACAAUUCACAAUAUUCGAUAGAUAUUAUUAUAUUAUUGUCUGAUUGUAAUUAAUCGUGUAUUUAUUGAGCAGAAUGAACCCUACAUGUACUGUAAUAUUACGUACACGUAUAUAUGAAAUAUUGAGACAAA